AUGUGCGAUGAGAACGAGACAUCAGGCUGGACGUUACCGAGGUUUGACCGAGGUCGUCGUGGCGAGGACAACAAGCAAGUGCAAACAGACGCGUCACGUCGGUGGCGUUGCUUUGUCAACUUGUCCAAAACUUCACUGAAGUCAACAAUUCUCAAUAAAAUGUUCCUGAGUCUCCUUCGCCUCUCCGUGGUCCCGCGCAGUCCUUACUCCAGAAAUCGCAUCACAGAAUUGGGUGUCGAUGCUCCUACCAUGAGCCCCGACCUUCGAAUAAUUUUAGCGAGGAUGGUCCUGAGAUUGUGUUUCUUUCUCGUUGAGGCCCUAUUCGUGUUUGAUAUCGUCCUCUGCAUGAACUUCAAUUUUAAAGUCGACAGACGUCGCAAAAGCCUCUCCUAUCAAGAACGGCCCUCAUUCCCGUCACCAUCACCCAGCUACAUUUUGUUUAUCAUGGCAACUAUUCUAAACAUGGAUUUUUCCGUUCCAAAUCCCCAUCUGUAUGAAGGCCCUUCCGACCAGCUUUCUCGAAACUGGAGAAAAGUAUUGGCCAGGGAACAGGCACACAGCCAGGGACCGUCGAACGGUCCACGCGGGAUAAAUACAAGAAACGGAAGAGCGGAUCACACGGAAGGCUGA